AUUGUUAUAAUAUGCAAUAUUUGUUUCUGACUUCUGUGUGAUAAAAAGAACAGCAGAUAUAUUACCACUGCAGUCCGCAACACUUUCAAUAUACGUGAAAAGCGAAACAAACUUAGAAAUAAAUUCAAUUUCGAUAUCCGUCCCAUUCGUCGUAUACAUCGACAUUCAACGCGUACCUCUACCUAUAUAUUGUAACUUAAAAUCGAAUUCGCGUAACUGCAAACCGUAAAGCGAAUUGUAAAAAUCGUAGCAUUAAAUGCUUUAAGAACAAGUUUUUAUUUCGAGCAUAUAUCACAUUCAAAUUUCAAAAAUUCAAAGUUAAUUUUUCAAUACAGGACUCAGUUUUGUUGAGCUGUUGGUGUGUACUUGUGCAGAGACAAUAUGUAAAUAAUGCGUAUACGUACUAUACAGCCAAACUGUGAAUUGGUUUUAUAGUCAUAUAUAAUAUACUGAAAUAGUAAUAAUCAAUGUUGCUGUAGCCUACAUAUAAAUUAGAAGCUCUGUCGCCUGUAAUUUCAAAUCAAUCGUAAAAAUAAUAAAUAAAUAAAGAAGGUACCUUAUAAUACGAUGUAGGUACCUACACAUUAUUUUACAAAUUACAAUAGACAAUUAGCUGCACAACAACUGCAGCGACGGAACGGGAAUUUGAACAUUACACUUGACACUCCACUGAUACCGCGUAAACGCGGCCUACGGAGAACCUGCGAAGCGAAAUGUCAAAUGUGUAUAGAUAGAUAUCAAUAACAACACGUCGGACAUGGCGAUGACGGGAGAUCGGAACUGCAGUUGCACCGUGACGGCGCCGGACGACAGUUGCAAAUGUGCAGAUCGAUCGAUCGUUCAGGUGCUCGAUUUGGCGACUCCGACGCAGUUCGAGGUCGUCAUUCGACAACCGUCGUCGAAGAGAUCACGACGUGCGUACAAAUCGAUGACCGCGGCCGGAAAGACGGACGCGGCGGUAGUCCACGCCGCGGCCCGGAAACGAUUAAUUGUGACCAGCACGGAAGCGUUGCAUCGUCCGUCGCCGGUCGAGUGCAACCGUCCAGCCCCGACCCGGAAGCAGCGCCCCAGUCACAGCGAGGUAGUCGAGGCGGCCGACCGGAACUCGUGCAACAGUGCUACGGACGGCCUGCAAGCUCCGAACCCGCUGAAGCUGCAGGCUACCGACCAGCGAGUAUUCGACUUUUGCGCUGCCGAAUUGCAGGUCACCGAUGAGCUGCAAGAGUCCGGCUUUUACAGCAGCGGGGUCAUAGUGUCGUACGCUAGCGACGAAUUUGACGCGGUGGACUUGACGGUAAACGACUAUCGCCAGAGUUCCGUAGACACCGACGGCUGGGAUGUGCACGGGUCCGGGGUUGAAUGGGCGCGGGCUCGAUCUCUGGAAAAUAGGAUGCGGAUUGGGGAUGUCCGGAAAGAGAAUGGUUCGUCGUGGGCGAGGUUUAAAAAGUUCAUAAGUCGGCGACUGUGCUGUCAGCAACGUAUUUGACAAAUAAUGUUUAGAAAAGGAACCAACAAAAUAAACCAAAUAAGGCAGAAAACAAAUAAUAUGAAAACAAAUUUACAGCCUUGCGAUUUUUAUUUCUUUCAAAUAAAUCGUCAAAACUCAGGAACAACGAAAAGAAAACUAAAACUAAUUAUUACACAUUAAAUAAAACAAUUUAGAAUAUUUAAAUUUAGUAUACAUUUGAAAUUAAAA